AUGCAGAGUGGGUGCAGAGUGGGUGCAGAGUGGAUGCAGAGUGGGUGCAGAGUGGAUGCAGAGUGGGUGCAGAGUGGAUGCAGAGUGGAUGCAGAGUGGAUGCAGAGUGGGUGCAGAGUGGGUGCAGAGUGGGUGCAGAGUGGAUGCAGAGUGGAUGCAGGGUGGAUGCAGAGUGGGUGCAGAGUGGAUGCAGGGUUCCAGUGUCACACUGCAGAAGCUGCCAAGCUGGAGUCCGAGGUGACCAAGGCCCAGGACACAAUCAAUGCUGCUCAGAAACUGAUCUCCCAGCUGGACGGGGAACACAAGCGCUGGAACGCUCAGAUGUGUGAGAUAAAGAACGAGUUGGAGACUCUCCCUGUGAGGGCCAUGCUCGCUGCCGCCUUCAUCACGUAUUUGUCUGCCGCCUCCGAGGAUCGGCGAAGGCGUUGUCUGGAAAGUUGGAUGUCUCAGUCAGGAUUGCAGAAGUUUGACUUCAGGUCCUUCCUGUCCUUGGAGAGUGAGCAGUUGAUCUGGAAGAGUCAAGGCCUGCCAUCUGAUGACCUCUCCAUGGAGAAUGCUAUUGUUAUAUUGCAGAUCAGUCAACUGAAGUUGCGGAGUGUUGCGUGUCCUUUCCUUAUCGACCCUUCUUCCCGUGCCACUGAGUGGCUGUGUGCACACCUGGCACAGAACCGCCUUGAGGUCAUCAACCAGCAGGACAGCAACUUCAUGACCACACUGGAACUAGCGGUCAGAUUUGGAAAAACUCUCAUCAUUCAAGAGAUGGAUGGAGUGGAACCUGUGCUCUACCCACUCUUGAGGAGGGACCUCAUCGCACAAGGCCCCAGAUACGUGGUCCAGAUCGGAGACAAGGUCAUUGAUUACAACGAGGACUUCCGACUCUUCUUGGCCACGCGCAACCCUGCCCCCUUCAUCCCCCCGGACGCCGUCUCCGUGGUUACGGAGAUCAACUUCACCACCACGAGGGCCGGCCUGCGAGGACAGCUCCUGGCGCUGACCAUCCAACACGAGAAACCCGAGUUAGAGACGGAGAAAACCAGGCUGCUGCAACACGAGGAGGACAAGAAGAUACAGCUGGCACAGCUGGAGGAGACCUUGUUGGAGACCCUGGCCACGUCGCAGGGGAACAUUCUGGAGAACCGGGAGCUGAUCGACAGUCUGAACCAGGCCAAGGCCAGCAGUGCGCUCAUCCAGCAGUCCUUACUGGAGUCCCACCGGCUGCAGACUUCUCUGGACCAGGAGCGCGAUGCUUACCUCCCCCUUGCAGAGAGCGCCAGCAAAAUGUAUUUUGUCAUCACGGACCUUUCAAAGAUCAACAACAUGUACCGCUUCAGCCUGGCUUCCUUCCUCAGACUCUUCCAAAGGGCUCUUCAGGCCAAGCAGGACGUGGACAAUACUGAAGCCAGGAUAACUGCUUUGGAAGCCAGCUUGAAGAAUUUGGUGUAUGAGUACGUCUGCCGCUCCCUUUUCAAGGUUGACCAGUUAAUGUUUGCCAUGCACUUCUCCAAGGGCAUGUAUCCUGAUCUCUUCAAGGAGAACGAAUGGGACGUCUUCAUCGGCUCCAUCGUCGGGGAAAUGUUUAGAGAAGAGGACUUCCCGUCCUGGAUUCAUCAGGAAAGACACAGAUCAGUGGCAGUUUUUAAGGCUACGUUCCCGGCCCUCUAUCAGACGCUGGCGUUGGACGACUCAGACCUUUGGCAGCCCUUCGCCCGCAGCUCUCACUGCGAGCAGGAAGUUCCAUCCACCGUCGCCAGGAAAGUGACCGCCUUUCAGCAGCUGCUGCUGGUCCAGGCGGUCAGACCGGAUCGACUUCAGAGCGCCAUGACAGCCUUCGCCUCGCAGGCCUUGGGCAUGAGCGAGCUCUCGCCUCCGCCUCUGAACCUGCGGCGUCUGCACGCUGAGACCCUGGAGCUGGAACCCGUGCUCAUCAUCACCUCGCCCGGGGCCGACCCCUCCCAGGAGCUGGCGGAGCUGGCCGUGGACACCGUGGGUCGGAACCAGUACCACGAGAUCUCCAUGGGUCAGGGACAGGCGGACGUGGCCUUGGCCUCGCUCAGAGAAUGUUCCAGAAACGGAGAAUGGCUCUGCUUGAAGAACCUCCAUCUGGUCACAGCAUGGCUGCCCCUCCUGGAGAAAGAGCUGAACGCGCUUCGUCCCACAAAAGGUUUCCGCCUCUGGAUGACAUCCGAGGUCCACCCCAGGUUUCCUCCCAUCCUGCUGCAGUCCAGUCUCAAGAUCACAUAUGAGGAUCCUCCUGGGCUGAAGAGGAACCUCCUCAGGACUUAUGAAUCCUGGUCUCCAGAGCAGAUCAGUAGAGGAGGAAAACUGCUGAGAGCUCAGUCUCUUUUCUGCUUGGCCUGGUUCCAUGCCGUCUGUCAGGAGAGACGCAACUACAUCCCUCAGGGCUGGACUAAGUUCUAUGAGUUCUCCUUGUCAGACCUGCGUGCUGGCUUUGAAAUCCUGGACAGGUUGUUUGAAGUGGGCAAACCAUUCCAGUGGGAGUUUGUCCACGGUCUGCUGGAGAGCGCCAUCUACGGCGGGCGCAUCGACAACCCAUGUGACCUGCGCAUCUUGCGCUCCUACCUGGAGCAGUUCUUCUCCGCCCGACUCUUGUCCCCCUCACCCGGGCAGGGAAGGAGCAAAGGGGCUCGCUUUCUUCCAGCCCAGAUCAGCCUUCCAAACUCCUGCUCCAUUUUGGACUACCGGGAGGUCAUAGGAAACCUGCCGGAGGACGACAGGCCCGUGUUCUUUGGACUGCCUGCCAACAUCGAAAGAACCUCGCAGAGAACCGUCAGCUCCCAGGUGAUUUCCCAACUCCGUGUCAUAAGUCGCUCGGUAGCAACCGGCUCCAAGUUCGACAGGGAGCUCUGGUCCAACGGACUUUCACCCAUCCUCAACUUGUGGAAGAAACUCAACAAGGGUUCUACGCUGAUCCAGCAGAAGGUGACCCCACCAACAGAUCACCACGGCUCACCCGUGCUGUCCUUCACUGUUUUAGAACAGUUCAACGCCAUCCGACUGGUUCAGAGCAUCCACCAGUCUCUGGCCGCCCUCAGCAAGGUGAUUCGAGGGACUGAACUUCUCACUCCCAAGGUCCAAAAACUGGCGACGGCCUUGCUCAACCAAGAGUGUCCCCUGACCUGGCAAGAUAUGUGGGAGGGGCCCGAGGAGCCCAUGCAGUACCUGGGAGCCAUUGUCAUGCGUGCACUCGCCUUGCAGAGUUGGGUGGAGCGUGCAUCAAAUCAACAUCUUCUGUCGGACACUCUGGAUCUGUCAGAACUCUUCCACCCUGAUACCUUCCUCAACGCUCUCAGGCAGGAAACUGCCAGAUCCUUGGAUUGUUCCAUGGAUAGUUUAGUGUUUGCAUCAUCAUGGAGGACUCCUCUUGUGGGGGCCAAGCUGCAAGUCAAGGUGGGCGGCCUCCAGCUGGAAGGGUGUGGCUUUGAUGGCGUCCAUCUUUGUGAGAACCAGCACGACUCUCCCAGCGUGUCAGCCGUGCCCCUCUGCUACAUGGCCUGGCUUCCACAGGGUUGUUGUGCCGACAGCGGUGAGGAGGACAUCUGGCUGCCAGUGUACAGCAGCCCUGAGAGGCUGAAGGUAGUGACACAGGUGUGUGUUCCCUGCAGGACCAAUCACAGCCAGUGGAUACAAACUGGUGCUGCCCUCUUUCUCAAACAAUGACAACACUACUUUAUAGUCUUUUCACAAUAAAAGCUCAUAUUUGAAGGUCUUCCUCUGCACUUCAUCAGCCACCUUUCAACCAAAAACUGGUUAAAAGCCAACGUUAGCUCCACUUAAAUGUUGUGUUGCUAGCAAAUGUCUACAUUUUUGAACCGGAAAAAAAUAUUUGUCAAAGGAACUUCCUUCUUUGUAAAACCAUGAAGACUGGUUAAAUAAAAAUACAACAAAAAUACGAAAAGAAAUGAAAAGCUUCAAAAUAUCAACAUUUUUCAGAAAUGAGGAUUUUAUCAUGCAACAAUCUACCAAUGUGAAAUGAUGGCAACACUGCUAAAUAACAAUAAUUAAGUUAAGCUAAUGACAAUGAACUAGGAAUGCUAAUGUUAGCAUAAUGGCAUAGGACAA